AUGGAGGGCUUCCGCAGCUCCCACUGCGUCCGCUCAACGGUGACGAACCAGUUCAAGUUGGUGGUAAUUCCUCCCCAUCACCGCUGAUUUUCUUCUCGUCCGUUUGAACGGGUCGAUCGGUGAGAGAGAACUAGAGAACUCCAUGAAUUGAGAGAUGUUCUUCUGGAAGACAUCCCUGCCGUCGGUGUGAUCUCCGUCACGAUUCUCCAUCGAUUACUUGUUAGAGAUGUGGAUUUGACAUUAACGCCGUAUUUGAUUGCUUGACCACCAUUUUAUUUUAUAUUUUUCGGUUUUGUUCAGAACAACUCUCUGCCCUUCAACAAGUACGCCUACCUGACCACCCACAACGCGUACGCGAUCGAGGGGGAGCCGUCUCGGACUGGAGUUCCCCGGGUCACCUUCACCAACCAGGAGGACUCCGUUACUCAGCAGCUGAAUGUAGGCCUGCGUUUCCUUUAGAUCUUCCUUGUGUUCCUCUCUCUCUCUCUCUCUCUUUCAUGGCUCGUGGGGUUGAUACUGAUCUUAAUUCCUCUCGUCUCGGCGAAUUCCUCUCUGCUUACGCAGAAUGGUGUCCGCGCUCUGAUGCUCGACACCUACGACUUUGAAGGGGACGUCUGGUUGUGCCAUUCUCGGGGUGGCAAAUGCUACGAUAUUACUGCCUUCGUAAGUCACUCUCUCUCUUUCCCUCUCUCUCUGUGUUCUCUCUCUCAACAUAUGACGAGGGAGAAUUCACGUUUUCAUACCAUAACGUUCCUUUCAUGCAACCCAAUCAUAAGAAAUGGAGAAACUCGUGGGAGAAGCCUCUCAGUAACCCCUCCGGACCAUUUGGACUCUAGUUAGGACUACAUAUUAUUUCCAAACUGGGGAUAGAGAGAGAAAGAGAGAUACCUUUACAUUGUUAUACGCGAAGAGUGUAAGUGUGUGAGAGAGAGAAAUAUGUGUAAAUAUUUAUAUGCGAAGAGUUGUUGUGUGAGUGAGUGAGAGAGAGAGAGAGAGAGAGAGAGAGAGAGAGAGAGAGAGAGAGAGAGAGAGAGAGAGAAAGAGAGAGAGAGGGUGAGAGUGAGAGAGAGAGAGAGAGAGAGAGAGAGAAAGAGAGAGAGAGGGUGAGAGUGAGUGAGAGAGAGAGAGAGAGAGAGAGAGAGAGGGUGGAAAAGCACCCAUACCAUGACUGUUCUUGUCAGUCGAAUCAUCGCCACUUUGUACCCCCAGGAGCCCGCCGUGGAGACGUUCCGAGAGAUAGAGGCCUUCCUCGCGGCGAACCCGUCGGAGAUCAUCACCUUGAUUCUGGAAGACUACGUCCGAGCUCCCAACGGGCUGACCCGAGCCUUCAACGACUCAGGCCUGGUCAAGUACUGGUUCCCGGCGGCGAGGAUGCCCCGCCGCGGCGGCGACUGGCCGCUCGUCAGCGACAUGAUCGCCGCCAACCAGCGGCUGGUGGUCUUCACUUCCAUCCCCUCCAAGGAGGAGAGCGAGGGCAUCGCCUUCCAGUGGAACUACAUGGUGGAGAACCAGUGUGAGUGACGAGUCACAGCCGGAAUAUCUCACCAAGUCUCCUUGCGCCGGCGGGGAGAUAUUUGAUGCCUCUGAUGCGAUGCUCUUACGAAGGUGGGGUGGGUCCGCGCAGAUGGAGACGGAGGGAUGAAGGACGGCAGGUGCCGGAAUCGGGCCGAGUCCGCACCGCUCGACGACAAGACCAAGUCACUGGUCCUGGUCAAUUACUUUAGCUCCAUCCCUCUGAAGCAGAUCACGUGUGUCCACAACUCCGCCGACCUCAUGGGCAUGCUCCAUACGUGCUACGCCGCCGCCGGCAGCCGCUGGGCCAACUUCGUCGCCGUUGACUACUACAAGGUAAACACCCCCACGACUUCCUUUCAACUUAGGCUCUCCACGAAAGAUAGACAUUAUAGGCAACCGCCGUUCUCUUCAAUGCCUCUUUAUUUCCCCCACACUGAUCUACAAAACACGGAUUUUCGGUUUUACCCUCCAAUUAACUAGCUAGAAGGGCCCUGAUCUUUAGUUUAUCUACUUAGUUCUUAUUACCCAGUCCCUCAAUUGUGAUUCAACAAUCAUCGUCCCUGAGUGAUGUUUGGUUGUGAUGUGAGUGUAGCGGAGUAAGGGAGGAGGGCCAUUCCAAGCAACUGACACACUCAACGGACGGCUAUUGUGUGGCUGUGAUGACGUGCAUGCUUGUGCAGCAGGGCCUCCACGGUUGUGCGCAAACCUCAAGGGAGUCGCUAAGCAUGGGGAUGUAGAUAGAGGGACCAUCGAUACUCAACUCCCCACUCCCCUCGAUACCUUUGAAUGAAUACAAAUGGUUUUUCCCAACGUGUAAAAUGAAAUUUUGAGGAAUAAAUAUUUUUGUGAUGUGUUGUUGAUGGUGAUUUCAAGGAGGCUACAAGAGGAACCAAGAGGGGCAGAGACUGAAUUGGUAUUUUUUAUUUCAACUAUUGGACUCUUCGAAAAUCAGGACAUUGAACCCAGAUCUUACAAUAGCUUGGCACACUAGCCUACUCCACAUUCUAAAGAUCUUGUGCUUAUGUUCUACUCAAUCAAAGUGAUACAAUUCGUGAAAGCAAAGGCUUCAGCUAGUAUUCAAUCAACCCUCAUAGGUCUACCCAACCAAAAUAUUUCUUUGAAACACUCCUUUAAGAUCCAUGACUCUAGGAGGCCAACUCAAUUAACAUGAAUCUAUUUUUUCUUAGAUUUACAAUUAUUUGAAAUAACCUUAAUUUUUCUUAGGUUAAUCUCUUCUAGAUUCAUAAUUUUAAGAAAGAUAGCUAUUGAAUGUAAUCAAGAACAAAUUAAGAAUAGUUUAUAACUCUUAAAAAUUCAAUACAUAGCAUUCAUGGAAUUAAUUCAUUGGCCUUGAGAUAUAUAAAUGUUUUGUGAAGAAUAGACUUUUAAAUGCUUAAAAUAAUUUUUGUACUUUUGAUCCUUGGAUAAUUUAAUCUCUGCUUGAGCAUUAGGAAAAUGUUUCUGGUAUAAAAAUCGAUUUUUUUUACGAUUUUUCUUUUUCUAACGGUAAAAAAGUCUUCAGAUGGGAACGAGUAGUUUUAGAAAAAACUACUUUCUUAUUCUUUUAAAAAAUGCGACAUAUGGUAGAAAAAUAUCUCUACAAUUUUUAAAAUUAUAUUUGAGAAUUUUAAUAUAAUAAAUUCCUUUUUUGGCUCAUAUAUGUUCAACUUUAAAUAUGAAUUAACUAUUUUACCCUUCAAUGCAUCUCCCUAAAUCUUGAAAAUAAGAGGACCACACUAGUUAUGAAAUCAAUCCCAUAAUCAGUUGUAGCUAUUCUAAUCGUAAGAUAAAUACUUUGGUAAUAAUUUAAUAAAAUUUUAGUAUAUUGUUUUAUGACACAAAGGUACCAUUUAAUCUUCCAUUUUUUCAUUAUCAAAACUAUAACCCUCUAAAAGUCAAUAGGUGAUCUCAAAACGCUUUCAAUUAUUUACUCAAUUUGACACUUUUUAAGAGUCAUUGUUAAAAAUAAUUGAAAAUUUAUUCCAAACAUGAUAUUAAUGGGUAAUAUAGCUUAUGAUUAUCACCAAUGAGUUAUGUUGUCUCAAGAGAAAUUUUAACCUAAAAAUACCCAUCAUUUGGUGAUGUAUGUCAUGUGUAGUUUCUAAAUAUGAAUAAAAUAAAGGGAUAAAAUAGAAAAUGGUCCAGUACUUUGGAAGUUCCUAAUUAGUACAAAUCAUUUCCAACAUUGUGUGUGAAACUUCAUAAUUUUGAGUUAUUUUUUAGCCAAGAAUCAAUUGAAUUAUUUUCUUUUACUAUCUUCUAUCAUGUUAUUUUAGGUCCCCAUAAACUAAAAAAUUCUUUAUCAAUUAUUUCUUUGUUACUUUUUUAUGCCUUUGGUUUUGAUGAUUAUAAAUUAAAAUUUAUUGACACAUUAUUAUUUUAUAUUGAUGAUUAUUUAUUUGUGUCACUUAUAUGUUUCAAAUACUUAAUGCAUUCCACAAAUUUAUUACAAUGAUUUUUUAUUAACAUAAUUUGAUUUCAUUACUCAUGAUUAAAUCUAAAGUUCUAAUCAAUUAAAUGGUUGUCUAUCUUAAGAUUAGUUGAACAUAAAAUAUUAUCAUUUGAAGAAAAAUCCAGAAAUGAAAGGUUAAGAUAAGGUCAUAUGCUACAAGUUGGCACAUUUGUUAAAGUGAGAAUUUUUGUUUGGCUUAUACAUGAUGAACUACCUAUAUAUUUAGAUCAUCAGUUUUUAUAUGAUUUUAUAAAAAUUCUUCAAAGUUUCAUCUGCAUUAAAUUAGAAAGAUAAAAAAUAAUAUAUUUAAAUUUCAAGUUUUUGAAAUAAUAUUUCAACUAUGACUUGGUAGAUUCUUAUGUAGACAAAAAGAGAAGAAAAUUUUGAUGAUGUAGAUCCCAUGUAGAUCUCUAAUUGUUAUCCAAUAAGUUCAAAAAAUCUUGUUCAAUUUUGAAUUUAGAAGGCUGUAAAAAUAUGAAGAAUCAAAGUUUGAAAGGUUUCAAUAUUAUAAUUUUGUUUUAAAAAAUAGACAAAUAUUGUGAAAAUUAUUUAUUUGAGGAAAUAGAGAAUAUUAUAGAAUAAAGACUUAUUUAUUCGAGAAUAAAUUUUAAUUUUAAUUUAAAAACAUAUAAAUAUUCAGUAUUCAUCAUCAAACUAUUUGCACCUCACACAUCUAUGACAAACAAGAAAGGUUAAUCUUUUUCAUUAAUAUAAUUUAACAAAUGGUCAACUCAUUUACUACAAUAAUUACUUUCUAUCAGGUCAUAAUGUAAUUGAAUGAUAAGAAGAGUGUAUUUGACCCAAGAGGUGUUAACCCUUUGUGAAGGUGAAGUUGUUUGGUUUGGACAACUGAUCAUUUUAUAGUUAUUAGAGGGUUUUUCUAUCUAAAACUAAAAGUAGUUAGAUGAGAGGUGAAGUAGUUAGGGAGAGGGUGUUGGAAAGUCCUAUCAUAACAUGUGUUUUGAUAUAUUUAUUGAGAUGUAGAUAGGUAUGAGUGGAAAUUCAACAUAAAUAUAAAAAAUGUAAAUUUUUAGAAACUCAAAUUCACUCCCUUCUUGAUGUGUCAGCUAACCUUAUAGUUACAAUAGUUUUCAAUAUUCUAUGGUCCAUAUUAUUGAAUAUUUAUCAUGAUUAAAAAAAUCUUAACUUGAUUGAGAACUACUAUCACAUUUCUCUCCCAAAACUUUAUAAUAUUUUUGCUCUCUUUCCCCUUCUCUCUCCAGACCAACAAAGACAAGGACAUCAUAGCACCAAGAAAAGUGCCUAUGUACCUUUAUUAACAAGGAGGUAUUAUUAUUAUUAUUUAAAUUAAAGUAAAUAUGUUUCUUCAAAUAGUCAAUAUAGGGAUAGCUAGAGCAUGUAAAUAGAGUUUUAAAAUUUAAUAUCAGCCAAAAGACUAGGUAAAAAAGAGAGGAUUACUUAUAUUUCAUGUAAAUUAUGAAAAAUCAAAAUUAAAUGGCCCCUCAUUUUAAGUUUAAGGUCUUUAUAGAUAAUUAGCAUGUGCUCAUAUCAUUUUAAACCCAAAAAACAAGAGGUUAUUUAUUCCCUUCAUUGAUUCAUCACUAAAAUUUGAUAGAUUUAACUAUGAUUUACUCUCUAUCAAGAUAUCCAUACCCCACCCACACCCCAACAACUACCAACAUUCUUCAAAUUCCAUUCAUUGAUUUACUCCCUUCAUCGAUUCAUCACUUUAAUUAUGAUUUAGGCAUUUGAUCAUCAUUGGCAUGAGGAAGGGUUGGAAUUUGAAGAAUGUUGAUAAUUGUUGGGUUGUGGGAAGGGUAUGGAUAUUUUGAUAGAGGGUUGAUGACGGGAUUAAAUCAAGAUGUAACAACCCUCUCAUGGAAGAACAAGGUGUUGGAUGUAGAAACUCACUAUUAGGUUGAGGUAGUAUGACAUAUAUACCAGUGCACACAUAUCAGCACAAGUAUGGGAUACUACAAGGAUAGAUGUGUAAAGGUGUGCAUCAAGAACAAAACAUACAUAAGAACAUAGUAACCUCAUUAUGACAUAGUAACCUCUUAUUCCUUUUUUUGAAGAAAUGAGAUCAAAUACAUGAGAGCUCACUACUAGCAUGAGAUAGUGUUAAUGCAGCGCACUCACUAGAUAAUUCUAACAAACUAGAAGGCUCAAAAGUGUGAAUAGAAAACUAUUGGCUCAAGAUGACGUAAUGUCAUAUCUAGUCCAUAAUAAAAUAUAUCAUAAACAUACCAGAUAUUAUUUUUUCUGCUUUUAGUUUGUUUUAAAUUUAUUUAAAGAUACUUAAAAUCUAUUUUAAAGAGUCAAUAAAAUCAAACUACCAUUUUACAAGUGUUAUAAUAAAAAUUUGGUACACUCAAAGGUCUCACAUUAUAACCCCAAAGGAAUUUCUUAGUACUACAACAAUUUCUUUCUUUGGGAUUCUCUCUCUCUACUUCUAGAUUCAAACACAUUUGUGGAUUCAAAGAAACCCUUUUAAUCCUGUGGAUUCAAGAUUGCCUCAACAAAUCCUUGUAGAUUGAAGGGUAACAAUUACUAGUUAUGCAAACCCAAAUCUUAGCUUCUUCACCAAAAUUUAUGCUUUGUGGAUUCAAGGCUGAAUUUUGAUAUCUUCUAUAUUAAUGAUGUAUCAAAUGUGGCCACACAUGUGGGUGAGUGUGCAUUAACAUGGUGCAGCACAUAUAGAGAUAUGUAUUGACACAAUAUAGCAUAUCAUCAAAGAUAGUAUUGACACAAUAUCAACAUGACAUGACAUAUACAACAUGGUGAAACUUCUAGAUGUGUUAUGGGGGUAACAUUAUAGACCAUAGAGGUAGGGAAUGUAAGGACAUAGUGGCUAGCAAUUGCUACAAAUGAGGAUUGCCCCCUCACCAUGACUAGGGACAGUAAUGUUGAUAGUUACACCAACAACUAGUGUAAAUAGACCACCCCCAUAUCUACUCAAGGUAGUUAUAGUGGCAUUUAUGAGGGCUAGACAAUGUAAGGACAUCACCAUGAUAAAAGUGGUGCCCUCUAACUAGGGAAGAGGUUCUCCAAAGGGGUGAGGAAUACACAUCUCUUGAGUCUUUGUGUGCUUAUUCACAUUGGCAAGACCACUCAACAUCACUUGAGUGAUGAUUAAGACUGACACAAUGAAAUAAGAGUGGUUAGACUUAAAUGAACCCCUCUGACACUCAUGCAUAAGUGCAAACACCUUGAUUAAGAUGAAUUGAUGAUCACGAAAAACACCUCAUGAACCUUGGAGAUGUCACCUACGUAGAUACAUAGAGCAUAUGGGACUGUUGGUGUGCCCAACUCGAUUGGAUGAUUUUACCAUGACAAGAGAAGGUUCAAAGGGUGAGUCUCAUAGGUCAUGAAUAUGAGGCAACGCCAUAACAUAACAUUGGCACAAUGCAACAUAGUGCCGCAUGAGCAAUGUGGCUAUGGAGGCAUGUAAUAUCACGCAACAUGGUGCAGCACAAGGUUGUACGAGGCGUAGAGGCAUGCAAUGCAAAAGUGUGGCACACGUCUUAGGAAGAACAAGGUCAACGGGGUGGGCAUGUCAACAUCGCAACAAAGAGGUGGUGAGGUCUCACUUAAGCGACUUCUGAUGUUUAAUCAUCUCAUAAGAGGAAUGGUUACUCUGCCCUAAUAGAGUCAUAGUGGCACCACAAUUCUGGUGCUCCAAAGCAGUCUCAUCAAAGAUUAUAGAGGUUCUUCGUUAAAAGUAAAAGGGACUCACUAUCUUAUUAAGUAGACUGGUCUUCCAUGAAGAAAUGUAAUCCUAUGUUAGAGGAAUACACAAACCCAUAUACAAAGUAACCGUACAGCAAUUAGUUUGCUUGGUGUCAUCGAAGACAACUAAUACUAGCAAAAGUGGAGUUAGCGAAGUAAGCUUAUAGUGACCCACAGCUCAGCUCCAACGAUUUAAGAGGUCGCCAUCGCGAUGGGACAGUUAUUAUCGUACGUUUCCUAGAACUAAACUAUUGGCUGUGGUCCGGUGACGCUCUUAAAUGGACCGCCGGCCGUGUGGAAAGCAGCAGAGGUCUUCUCGUAAAGGUUGUCAAGAAUUGGUCAUCUGGGCGGCGCCGCCCUCACGAGGAUCUCCCCGGCAGGGCCAGCCGCCGACGGCGAGCGGCGCCUGCCGGCUGCCCUUCGCGGCCGGCUCUUGUCUCUUUCGUGGAGAAGAGAGGUCCGCCAGUCCGCCGGCUGGUCAACCGCGGUUCGAUCUUGUCGGAACAAUCCAACUCCGACCAGGAUUCACGCAUUAGGUGAUGUAGAUUCGCAGCAUCUUUUGUCGGAGAUGGAGAAGUCUACCUUGAAUCCGGGCCAUCGCCGGAGACCCGCCCCCGGCGGUCGACAGCGCUAGCGACUAGCCUACCGCCAGCCAUCAGGGUAGGCCGCCGCGCGCGUGGAGGGGCACACGAGCGGCGGAAAGUGAAGAAGGCGACGGGGGCCGGACGGCGGCGUGGGCCUUUAACCUUCCCUCCCACCCCGGGGCAACGUGUGAAAUAACGGCGGGUCAGGUUUCUUCCAGCUGGACAUUCCACGAACAACUCAUGGACGCUCAUAAAUAAACCUCGCCCCUCCCCCCUCCCCCCGGAGGCUCUUUUCCGUAUUAUAUUGACGCACAGCGGGCUCCCACGCCCCGCCUCAUACUUCCUCUUUCAUGUCACGCUGCUUCCCAAAAGCUGCCGGCAAAGCUGCGAGGGGGCGCCAUAAAGAAUUGGCGGGCCGGCGGCGUCGGGGCGGGCGGCGGCCGCGCGCGUCCUCGGUAACCGGCCAGCCGUGGCGUGUCCGCUUCCACCGAGCUCGGCGACCGACCUUUCCCGGGAUCGAAUUCCCCUUUCCCCUCGGUUUACUCUUCCCCAUGCAGGCCAGUCAUCUGUCUACCUGUGCCGCCCGUGCGCAUGGCGACGGCGAAGAAGACGGAGAAGAGCCGGACGCCGGCAGCAGAGAUCGGGCCAUCGGCUUGCACGAGACCCCGCAGGUCGUCGUCGUCCUCCUCCUCUGGCUGGCCCGGGGACCGCCACACGAGCGGGUACAAUAAAUUGACCGAUCUAUGAAAGGCCUCCCCCGUGAGCAGGCUCAGCACUGGCACCGCCGACAGCCGCCGCAGAGGGCAGCUACAAUGUGGUGCCCCCCCGGCCCCCCUCUGCCGGUAAAUUAGAGAAAAGUCCUCCUCCACUGCGUCGGUUAUUAACCGCCCGGUGUGGGUGUCCGAAUCUUUUAGCCCAGAGGAGGUAUUCGUUGUAACAGGAGUGAACACGAGGGCGGCCGCACCGCCCACGUCGGUGAAUGACUCGUAGGACUCCGGGAAGCCAUGCUCUAGUGACGUCACCACGUAUCGGCUUGUGACCCCCCGCCUCCCUCUUCACGGGGUGAUUGGUCACACUCUGGUCUUCGUCCAGCUGCCUCGGCUCCCGAGAGAAGAAAACUUCGGGGCAGCAGUUCCCACUGGACCCGAAAACUCUCUCUCUCUCUCUCUCUCUCUCUAUGCCGUCAAGCGUUCAUGCCCAUCUGGGAAUUCACAUGCUUCCAAGAGUCGGUUCAGCAGUAGAAUGCGAUGGGACGAGCAGAUAUACUUGGCGGGCAUGUGAGGGACAAGGAACCUUCAGUGCCCACCAUGUGCCAAACCCAACCCCCCCCCCUCUCCCCACCUCCUCCCUCUCUCUCUCCAUCUCCCUCUCUCUCUCUCUCUCUCUCCAUCUCCCUCUCCCUCUCUCUUUCUCUCUCCCCUGUUGAUCAGAGAAGAUUUUUCUUUCCUCAAUGGCCACUGGACACCAGCUCCUCUUUGUAUAUUUAUGGUGCGAGCCGCCUUGGAGAGUGCCCAUACCGGGCAGGCCGGUUCCAAGCCGACUCGGCCGAUUCAGACCCGGGGAGGGCACGUGUGGGGAAUCUUUUCCUCGCCAACAUAUGUACGAAGCUUUUGUGA